UCGUACUCACUCCUCUCAGACGUCGUACAGUCAUUUUUGAUCUCGGUUAUUUCGUGUUUGUGUAAUAAAUUAAAUAAAGACUUAUAUUUAAAUAAAUAAUUUUCCUGCGAUCUUGGUGUUUGUGUCAUCUGCAAUAAGUGUCGAUUGUGUUCACGAUUCGGCCAACAAAAGAGGAACGCCAAGAGAGAAUGAAAAUGAAGCGCGAAAGCAAUGAUGGCGAUGGACCACAGGACCAGAAGCGCAACAGACGCAAUGAGGAGACAGUACGCAUACUGAUACCGAGCAGUAUUGCCGGCGCUGUCAUUGGCAAGGGAGGUCAACACAUACAGAAGAUGCGAACUCAGUAUAAAGCCACUGUAUCUGUGGACGAUUCCCAAGGCCCUGAACGCACCAUACAAAUCUCGGCGGACAUCGAGUCCACGCUGGAGAUCAUCACGGAAAUGCUGAAAUACUUUGAGGAUCGCGACGAGGAAUUCGAUGUGCGUUUGUUAAUCCAUCAGAGUCUGGCCGGGUGUGUCAUCGGCAAGGGUGGACAGAAGAUCAAGGAGAUACGCGACCGCAUUGGCUGCCGAUUCCUCAAGGUAUUCUCAAAUGUGGCACCACAGAGCACGGAUCGCGUGGUGCAGACGGUGGGCAAGCAGAACCAGGUCAUCGAUGCGGUGCGUGAGGUCAUCACAUUGACCAGGGACACACCCAUCAAGGGUCCCAUACACAACUAUGAUCCCAUGAACUUUGAUCGCGUCUAUGCGGAUGAGUAUGGCGGCUAUGGCACUGGCACCGGCAGCACACGUCCCAGCCAGCGAGGCAAUAAUCGCAAUAAUGGCGGUGGUGGAGGCGGUGGCGGCGGCGGUGGUGCUGGCAAUGGCGGUGGCUUUGGAGGUGGUGGUGGCGGCGGUGGAAAUGGAGGCCGGGGCAAUGAUCGCUUUGGUGGACGUGGAGGCGGUGGCGGCGGUGCUGGCGGUGGAGGCACUGCUGGCAUCGGCGGCAUGGGCGGACCCCGUGAUAAUCCCUUCAUCAAUCCGUGGGCCAAUGGCGGUGGUGGGGAUGGCGAUGGCUUUGGCGUCGGUAACAAUGGCGGCGGCUUUGGUGGCAACAACUUCGGUGGCGGCGGACCUUUUGGCGGUGGCAACUUCAGCAAUAAUGGCUUCGGCAAUGGCCCCAAUGACUUUGGUGGCGGCAAUCAGCUUGGCGGCGGCGGUGGAACCAGCAAUCUGCCCAGCCUGGGCAACUUUGGUCAGAGUCAGGGCAGCAAUAGCGGCGGCACUGGAUUUGGCGCUGGCAACAACAGUUUGGGAAAUGGCCUCGGCGCUGGUUUUGGUGCUGGCAACAACAGCCUGGGCAAUGGUCUGGGCACUGUCAACAAUGGCGGUGUCGGUGGACUCGGUGCCAAUAAUGGCGCUGGUGGCUUCAAUGCCGGCGGCAAUAAUGCUGGACCCAACAACAGCACCAACUCGUCAGCCAACAUACCGCAGGGUCAUGAUCCCAACAACAGCACACAGGUCACAAUACCCAAGGAUCUGGCUGGUGCCAUCAUUGGCAAGGGUGGCGGCCGGAUUCGACGCAUACGCAACGAAUCGAGCGCGUAUAUCACCAUUGAUGAGCCCCUGCCCGGUUCCAAUGAUCGCAUCAUCACCAUUUCGGGCACACCCAAGCAAAUACAAAUGGCACAGUAUCUGCUGCAACAGAGGUUGGUGUCGCAAACAGACUAAAAUGUACACGAAAAUGGCAGGCGAAACAACAUUUAAGUGAGACAAGUCUGCAACCAACACCAUCAACAAUAACAACAACAUACAACUACAAAAACAA